AUGUCAACAAUGCCAAUGUCUGCAAAUGAUCUUUAUCAACGUUAUUCAUCAUCAUGGCCAUUUUCAUCUUUAAAUAUGACAUCAAAUCGUCAUAUCUAUCACCAUAAUGAAAAGUAUCGUUCAUCAACAAAUACUCGUAUAACACGUUUUUAUAUUGAUGAUAUUCUUGCUGAUUCCAAAACAUCAUCAACAAAUGAUCUAUGUUCACGUUCAACAAAGAAUCAUAAAGAACGUUGUCGAUCUGUUUCGAACAGUGAUGAUGGUGGUGAUUUAUUAAUAAAUUCUCAAAAGAAAAAAAAGAAAAAAGCACGAACUACUUUUACGGGUAAACAAAUAUUUGAACUUGAAAAAAAAUUCGAAGAUAAAAAAUAUUUAUCAUCAACUGAACGUGCUGAAAUGGCUACUUUACUAACUGUUACUGAAACACAAGUUAAAAUUUGGUUUCAAAACCGCCGUACAAAAUGGAAAAAAACUGAAAAUAUUUCAAAUGCUGAAGCUGCUGAACAUAAAUUAAGUACAAGAAAAAUGUCAUCAACAUCGUCAUCAUCAUUGGAUCAAAAUCGAAAUCAACCUGCUCAAUUGCCAGUCGGUGGUAGUACGAGUAGCAAGAGUAGUAGCUGCAGUUCGGCUAGCUCACAUCGAUCCGAUAAACGAGUUUAUAGUGCCCCAUCAAUCCCGCCAGUUCCACUCCCAUCUCCACUUCCAUUACUUUAUUUUAAUCCAUUUUCACAUUUACUUCAAUCAUCAUGUUCAUCAAAUCACGACAAAUUACAUUCGCCAACAUUCGACCCACAAUCUUGUUCGGAUUCGACGUCAACUCAAUCACCAUUGCCAGUACCUGAAAAUAAUCAUUGUUCACCGUCAAGUAGUUCGACACCAGUAAACGAGACGAAUGAAGAUCAUACGUCAGAUGAAAAUACAAUACCACAGUGUUUAAUUAAACAACGAUCAUGUUCGAGAUGA